AUCCUCUACCCACUCCGCUGUCCAUAAGAGAAAACACCUCAUGAAGAUUAAUAAAAUAAAUAUCUUCGAGAAUUAGAAAUACUCAAUUUAUCUCAGAUAUUCCAAGACUAUUAAGGACUAUAUUACGUGUUUAUUGAGUUUGUACAGCACAAGAUGCAAAGUACUUAUUAAUUUUGUGUUUAUUGAAAGGAUAAUUAAUUUUUCGUCCUUGGUAAAACUUUUCCUUAAAAAUUUUUGUCCAAUGAUUCUUCUCAAGUGUUUGGUUGUAUCUGCCGCGUCAUCUUAACCCUCUUUGGUGUGCGCGUCUGUGAAGGUGUUAGAGGCCCCCGUCAACAAUAAAACAUCUACCCUCUCUAGAGGAGCGUCUGGCAGCUACAGGGGGUGGUUGGCUACACACUAGGUGGUCGUGUAGUGAACAGAAAACGGGAACAUGUGCCAUAAUUAAGGACAAACUAAAGUAAAGAAUGAUGACUCAAUCACUACUACAACCAGCAGCAGGAAUAGAAGCAGUUACCAGAGAAGAAUAUUAUGUUAUACUUUACGGCUUUUAUAUCAACGAAAAACAAUAUAUGUAAAUAAAUUAAUAAUACCCACAGGAAAGUUUGACAGAAAAAAGAUAUAUUCCAUAAUAAAAGUAAAAAAUACGUCAGUUUCUCAGUGAGUCAGUCAGGUGUUGUUCUGACAUACAGUACUAAGAGGUGUGGAUAAGUGUUGAGGAAGUGGAAGCCGUCAGGAUGGGUGUGUGGAUGCUUGAAGCCAUGACUUACUUCCACCUUACCACCACCACAGCCACGAGUGAGGUGUGGAGUGACGUCUCAUCCACUCUACCUACCUACCUUUCACCCCAAGUACAGUCAGUUAACGAGAGUCUGGCCUUCGCUCUGAACGUCACCUGCCACAACGACAGGAAGUUGGUGGAUCUGACUGAGUUUGAAUACGCUUACCGCAAGGAGACUUGGAUCCCUAUCACCUGGCGGGAGGUCAUUAAGAUAGUGGCGUACGUGAUAGUGUUCAUGGUGUCCUUGGUGGGGAACCUGCUGGUGAUCUUGGUCGUCUACUACAACGUACACAUGCGCUCCUCCACCAACCAGUACUUGGUGAACCUGGCCGUGGCUGACCUGCUGGUGACUCUCUUGUGUACGUGGGUGCAUUUGGUGCGCAACCUCUCCCACCCACACCACGUACUGCCCGCCAUCUUCUGUAAACUGGACGGCUUCGCACAAGCCACGUCUCUCCUGGCCAGCGUGUUAACAUUAACAGUCAUCAGUGUGGGCAGGUUCGUGGCUGUCAUAUUCCCGCUACACGCCCGCACCUCGCCAGACCGCGCCCACCGUGUCAUCGCUGUAGUGUGGGUGACGUCUGCUCUCUUGUCCUGCCCGACGCUUUUCUACCGUGAACUGUACAGCAUCAAGUGGGCCAACUUCACCUCCUGGCACUGUGACGAGGUGUGGCCCAAUGAGGUGAAGUACGACCCGGUGGUGAGGCGGUGUGUCACGACCUACGACCCCAAGAAGCUCUUCUACAUCAUACUCAACACCGCCUUCUACUUUCUCCCCGUCGGUAUCAUGGUCAUUAGUUACAGUCUGGUGGUGUGGAGGUUGUGGAUGACUCAGCUGCCAGGUGAGCACUGUGUACCUGCCCGCAACACAGCCACACGGGCCAAGAAGAAGGUAGUGAAGAUGGUGUCAGUCGUCCUGCUGGUGUUUGUGCUGUGCUGGACGCCGCUACAGACCAUCAUCCUCUACAGUAACUUCGUCCACGUUGACCAUAACUCCUUGCCGGAGUGGUUCGGAGUGAUGGAGUUCUCGGCCUACUUCAUCGCGUUGUCUAACUCCGCCCUCAACCCCAUCAUCUACUGCGGCUUCAACGACAACUUUCGCAAAGGUCUCAUGUCUCUCCUCACCUGCAGACACUCCUCUACCGGCAGGAUACACCACCGUCUACACUGGCGAGGCACAACAGGGAGAACCCGGGAGACAACAGUGGGAUGUUCUGGUCCUGAACCUGCUGUCGUGCUAGAGAUCAAGUCUUUGGAAAUUAACAGUUCGAGCCACAAGAGUUAUAAGAAAUCCUCUCACAGUAGUCGGGUCGUGAUGACAAGCUACAAGGAGUUACGCCACAACAAACUGGACGACAUAGAAACUGAUCACACGUUUAAGAACCACAGCGGCGGAGGAGAGAGUAGCCAGAAGGGUGACGGCUGCCCCCGCAUCACUACCUCCACCCCGUGCAACAACCACUGUGUCUGCCUUGGAGGAGACCUGGCGGAGCAUCAACGCCCGUCGGGGCAUCACCACCUGACGGAGCAUCAUCACAGUGCUCCAGCGUCCGCCUCCUCCAGGGGCAGGAGCAGAGUGGCCACAUGUUGUGGGUGUUGCAGGAGCACCAAGAGCGCCUCCUUCACCCUUUAUGACGUAAACAAACUGAAGGGCAAUAUUAAUACUGACACUAAAGAAGACAGGGUGUAACAGGAUGCCAACCACUGAAGAAGAACAAUAGAAUAGGGUCUCAAGUGAAACCAGAUUCAAUGUGAUAAAAUUCGUAUAAAUAAAAUAGAAGUUACUUCGGACACAUACGAACAGUUAUCUUAUAUAAAGUUAGCUACGUGACUUACGUUGUGGGAAACAAAACAUAUAAUUGAACAAUGUGAACAAGUAUCUAAGAUUAAGCAACAAAUGUGCGUCUCAGCGUUGCAUUUCCCUCAAAGAAGUUAUACGUUGAUAAUCUCUAUCUGGUGAAUUUUUCUUUGUGGGGAAGAUUACUCUGAGCGAUUUAUUAAAUAUUCUCCUUCUGA